CUCCACAACCCAAAUUAUCCUUUAUGUUAUGUGCUUCCCGUGAAAUAACACACGUGGGUUGAGAGAGCUUCUUUCGUUUAUCAGUUUUCUCCUUUGUUUCAAAGAUGGAAGGCUUUGUUGUAAAAGAGGACAUAAAAUUGCCGAUUGGGUUCAGGUUUCGUCCCACAGAUCAAGAACUUCUCCUUUACUACCUCAAGAAAAAGGCCUUUGCUCAACCAUUACCUGCUUCAGUCAUUCCAAUCUGUGAUGUCUUUCAGUCUGAUCCAUGGCUGCUUCCAGGUGAUUUGAGGGAAAAAAGGUACUUUUUUAGCAAUUAUGGAAAAGUGAACAAGAGAAGUGCAGGUUCCGGUUGUUGGAAAUGUGUUGGAAAAGAAAAAGAAAUAAGGGUUUGUGAUAGCAAUGAAGUAAUUGGGAUGAAGAAAACAUUGAUAUUCUGCAAAGGUUCCCAUCAAACAAGAACUCGCUGGGUCAUGCACGAAUUGCGUCUUGUAACUUCCUACGCAUAUAAGAUGGCAGUGGCAGAUUUUGCUGUGUAUGUCAUAUUUCAGAAAAGGAAGAAGAUGACAAAAGCAUCUCAGCAGAGACCCUUUUGUAGCAGCAAACUUCAGAGAGUACAUGAUGUUAAAGCUAGUAUAAUAGAUUUUGAAAUGGAAUUUGGCCACGAUAAUAUAGUGCUUCCACCACCUUCUUCCCCAUGUUGAUGUGAAGAUUGUAGUGAAACUUAAGAAGUUAGACUAGGAUUUAACUUAUAGAGUUGAGUAGUGUUUGCCUUAUAUUUUAUGCAAUUGUAUACAAUUGCGAAGCCUCUAAAGCACCAAGUACGUUUAUUUUACUUUGCAAUAAAUGAAACGUUUUAACUAA